UGUGCCCUCACUGACGUUUCUCGGUCUGCCCCGAGAUAGACUGGAGAGAAUGGCUGCCAGUGGAGAGGUAGGGAAGCUGUUACAAGUACAAAAUGGGACACCUCCAAGCAACAACUACAACGGAGUAGAUGCUGUUCAUGCCUGUCACCUCCUUCAACAGCUCAAAUCCUUGUAUGAUGAAGCACAGCUCACAGACAUCGUCGUAGAAGUGGACCAUGGCAAGACUUUCUCAUGUCACCGAAAUGUCCUUGCAGCAAUCAGCCCAUAUUUUCGGUCCAUGUUCACCAGUGGCCUUACAGAGAGCAGCCAGCGUGAGGUCAGAAUCGUCGGGGUGGAAUCUGAAUCCAUGCACCUCGUCCUGGACUAUGCCUACACAUCCAGGGUCACGCUCUCUGAGUGCAAUGUCCAGGCCCUGUUCACUGCAGCCAGCAUUUUCCAGAUUCCUGCCUUGCAGGACCAGUGUGCCCAGUUCAUGAUCAGCAGACUUGACCCCCAGAACUGUAUUGGGGUCUACAUGUUUGCUGAUGCUUAUGGACAUCAGGAGUUGAAGGAAAGCUCACAGGACUACAUUCGCAAGAAGUUCUUGUGUGUGUCAUGGGAGCAAGAGUUCCUCCAGAUGAACAAGGAGCAGCUGGUCAGCAUUUUGAACAAUGAUGACCUCAACGUGGAGAAAGAAGAGCACGUUUAUGAGAGCAUAAUUCGCUGGCUGGAGCAUGAUCUUUCUGGUCGUCAGGCCUCCCUCGCUGAGGUGUUUACCGAAUGCAUCCGUCUGCCCUUGCUGGAUGAGGCCUUCCUAAGUCAGGUACCUGCCCCCUUCGCCUGUGCCCUAUCCCUGUCUACCGACCCUGCUGAGGCCAAAACCCGCCUGACUGGCACCAAUGGUUGCCCGCAGCGCCUGGGUAUGACUGCUUCUGAGAUGGUCAUCUGCUUUGAUGCUGCUCACAAACACUCAGGGAAGAAGCAGACAGUGCCUUGCCUUGACACAACCACAGGACGGGUGUUCAAGCUCUGCAAACCCCCCAAUGAUCUCCGGGAGGUCGGUAUCUUGGUGUCUUCAGAGAACGACAUCUUCAUCGCUGGAGGUUACAGGCCGAGCAACAGCGAAGUGUCCAUAGAUCAUCGGGCAGAGAGCGACUUCUGGCAGUACGAACACGCGGGCAACCGAUGGCUUUCACGCGCUCCGCUGCUGAGGGCCAGGAUCGGCUGCAGGCUUUUGCUCUGCUGUGGGAAGCUUUAUGCACUGGGAGGCCGAGUAUAUGAAGGCGAUGGACGAAAUGCUUUAAAGUCAGUCGAGUGCUAUGAUGCCAGAGACAACUGUUGGACAGCAGUGAGUGCUAUGCCCGCGGCCAUGGAGUUUCACAGUGCUGUGGAGUACAGGGACCGCAUCUAUGUCCUCCAAGGAGAGUAUUUCUUCUGCUUCAAUCCCCGUAAGGACUAUUGGAGUCACCUCGCCCCGAUGAGCGUCCCUCGGAGUCAGGGUCUGGCUGCCUUGCAUAAGAACUGUAUUUACUACAUCGCCGGCAUCUGCAAGAACCACCAGCGCACCUUCACCGUGGAGGUCUACGACAUCGAGAAGAGCACAUGGAGCCGUAAGAAAGAUCUGCCCUUUGACCAAGCCACCAGCCCGUAUAUAAAGGCCAUGGUGCUGCAGGGCAGGCUGCACCUGUUCGUCCGGGCCACACAGGUCAUGGUGGAGGAGCACGUGUUUCGCACCAGCCGCAAGAACUCCCUUUACCAGUACGACGACGACGACGACGAGGCAGAAGCAUGGACCAAAGUCUACGAGACGCCCGACCGCCUCUGGGAUUUGGGCCGCCAUUUUGAAUGUGUGGUGGCCAAACUGUACCCACAAUGUCUCCAGAAAGUGCUUUGA